AUGGCGGCAGCAGCCGUGCUGCCCGCGGGCAAGGUGCUGAGCACCAUGGACGUGGACGCUCAACCUAGCACUUCGGCAGAACAGGAGGACCUGUACACGCGUCUCAAGACGCUGCAGCGGCAGCUAGAGUUUCUGGAGAUACAGGAGGAGUACAUCAAGGAGGAGCAGAAGAACCUUAAGCGCGAGCUGCUGCGGGCUCAGGAGGAGGUGAAGCGGAUACAGUCGGUGCCGCUGGUGAUCGGGCAGUUCUUGGAGAUGGUGGACGCCAACACAGGCAUCGUCGGCUCCACAACGGGCUCCAACUAUCACGUGCGCAUCCUGAGCACGCUCAACCGCGAGCUGCUCAAGCCCAGCGCGUCGGUGGCGCUGCACCGGCACAGCAACGCGCUCGUCGACAUUCUGCCGCCUGAGGCGGACAGCAGCAUCUCCCUGCUGGGCGACAAUGAGAAGCCCAGCAUCACAUACCAGGACAUCGGCGGCUAUGACAUUCAGAAGCAGGAGAUCCGGGAGGCCGUGGAGCUGCCGCUGACGCAGGGCGACCUUUACAGGCAGCUGGGCAUUGACCCGCCAAGUGGUAUUGAUGGUGUUUGA